GUCAAAAUUGUAUUUAUGACGACUUACCUUUUAGUAAUUAUUGCCCUUGCCCUUAUUUUUGACUACAUCAACGGUUUUCAUGAUGCGGCCAAUUCUAUUGCAACUGUUGUGUCUACCAAAGUGCUUUCUCCAUUUCAAGCGGUACUUUGGGCUGCUUUCUUUAACGUAGUAGCUUAUUUCAUUUUUAAAGACCAUGCGGUAGCGAAUACAAUUGGUAAAACAGUUUUUAAAGAUUUCAUUACGCUUCCGGUUAUUUUUUCGGGUCUUAUUGCCGCUAUAUUUUGGAAUUUGCUUACUUGGUGGUAUGGUAUUCCAUCAAGUUCUUCACAUACCCUAAUUGGAGGUUUUGCUGGUGCCGCACUUACAGCUGCAUUUAUGAAAGACUCCUCAUUAGAAGUAGCUCAAGUAAUCGAUAGCGGUAAAAUCUGGAAAACUGUUGCCUUUAUCUUUUUAGCACCACUCAUAGGUAUGGUUAUUUCUAUCGAGAAAAUUAAAGAACCAACUGCUGGAAGAACUGCAACUGUAUUUAAACGCUUGCAAUUGCUUAGUAGUGCAGGAUUUAGUAUCGGUCAUGGUGGUAAUGAUGCGCAAAAAGUAAUGGGUAUUAUUUCUGCAGCUAUGGUAGCAAAUGGUUCUUAUAACGAUGUUGGUACGGCAAUGACAGAAGCUUCUUGGAUUCCGAUAGCUUGUUAUAUUGCAAUAGGUUUAGGAACCCUUAGCGGUGGAUGGAAAAUUGUUAAAACAAUGGGGUCUAAAAUUACUAAAGUGACACCAUUAGAGGGUGUUGCUGCCGAAACUGCUGGCGCAACAACUUUAUUCUUGACAGAACAAAUGGGUAUUCCUGUAAGUACUACGCAUACUAUUACUGGUUCUAUAAUUGGUGCUGGUGCUACUAAAAGACUUUCAGCUGUUCGUUGGGGUGUUACCAUCAAUUUGCUUUGGGCUUGGAUAUUAACUAUUCCUGUUAGUGCAUUGCUUGCUGCAAUUGUCUACUUUAUA